ACAAACAUGGCGGUCUCCUUCAGCGUGGCCGCGGCUCGUCGGUGCGGCGGGGCUCUGUGCGCUGUCACCGCGGCUCUGAGGCACCGUCCGCGGCCCGCCCUGGCUCUGGCGCCCCGGCACUGCCACGGAGCCCCCCGGAGCAGCCUGUACGAGCACGUCCGGGAGGGAUACAGCCACAAACCGGACCUGAACAUGCCCGAGAUCUGCGCCGAUCCCGACGCGGCGAUCGCCAACGCGGAGAGCAGGAAGGGCGAGCUCCGAGGAGACGACGUCCGCACGAUUGUGUCUCUGUGGGAGCAGCUGGAGGCGGUGAGGGCAGAAAUCUCAUCUUUAGAGGAGCAGAAGAAAGCCAUCAGCGAGACCGUCAAAGCUCUGGUGACCAAUAAUGAGAAGAAAGCCCUGGCCUCUCUUCCGGACUAUUCAGCGGCUCGACAGAGGGGCCGAGAGGUCAGGCACAGGCUGAGCGAACUGAGCCCCAAACACGACCACCUGGAGGAGCAGUUCUACACCAGAGCCCUGAAACUGCCCAACUCCACACACCCCGACACGCCUCACGGGGAUGAGAGUCAGGCUCGUGUGGUGGAGCUGGUGGGACAGAAGCCGGAGUUUGACUUUAAGCCCAGAGGUCACGUGGAGCUGGGGGAGAGACUGGGACUCAUCAGGCAGAGACACCUCUCGCACGUGUCGGGUCACAGGUCGUAUUACCUGAGAGGGGGCGGGGCCAGACUCCAGAUGGCGCUGCAGAACUUUACACUGGACAAGCUGCUCAAACGGGGCUUCAUCCCGCUCACGGUGCCCGACAUGCUCCGGGGCGCGGUGUUUGAGGGCUGUGGGAUGCAGCCUCACGCCCAUCGCUCUCAGGUCUACGCUCUGGACCCGGCCCGGAGUCCAGACCUGAACCUGGCCGGGACCGGGGAGGUCGGCAUCGCAGGUUUCUUCAUGGAUCAUGCAGUGAACUGGAGAGACCUGCCUGUUCGGACGGUGUGCUGUAGUACAUGUUACAGAGCAGAAACUGACACAGGCCGAGAGACGUGGGGCCUGUACCGAGUCCACCACUUCAACAAGGUGGAGAUGUUCGGGGUGACUGCAGGUGACUCGGGGCUGGAAAGCGCUCAGAUGUUGGACGAGUUUGUGAAUCUGCAGAAAGAACUUUUCACUGAACUGGAACUGCACUUCAGAGUCCUGGACAUGCCCACGCAGGAGCUGGGGCCUCCCGCUCACAGGAAGUUUGACAUCGAGGCCUGGAUGCCCGGAAGGAACAGCUACGGAGAAAUUUCGAGCGGCUCCAACUGCACCGACUUCCAGAGCCGACGCCUCAACAUCCUGUACGAAAGAGAGGACGGGAGUCUGCAGUACGCCCACACGGUGAACGCGACGGCCUGUGCCAUCCCCCGAAUGAUCAUCUCCAUUUUAGAAACACACCAGACCAAAGACGGAUCGGUGCGCGUCCCCACAGCGCUGCAGCCGUACUUUGGGUCAGACCUGAUCCGGAAACCGUCCUACUCCCCCCUGAGGUACAUCGGCCCCAACCAGCCCAACAGACCCCCCCGACCGGGCUAAUAGACCACCCCACCGGGCCAGUAGUCCAGCCCGACCAGACCAGCCCGAUCAGUCUAACAAACCCCCCCCCUCGACCCAUCCUCGACCGGCCCCACAGAUCCCUGGGCCUUGAGGAGGGCAGAGCGUCUCCUCAGUUCUCCAGCUCCACAUCAGGAACAUUUAACCCCAGAUCCUGCAAAGAUCUGGGACUGUGGUGAUGUCACACUGGGUGGUGAUGUCACUGGGUGGUGAUGUCACUGGGUGGUGAUGUCACUGGGUGGUCGGGACUUCAGUUCUCGCUUUAGCUCAUUCAUGCUGCUGCUGCCGCUGUGUCCUUGAGCAAGACACUGCUCUGUGUAAUGAACUGUCUCUGCUUCAUGUGAAUGGAUUUAUACCAAUAAAUGAUAUUUUGUA